AUGUCUAGCAGAGAUGCAGACCGCAUAAGUUCUGCACAGCAAACAUUGGACAUCCUAUACGAGAUGUCGCAGCUCCUCAACACGCAGCUUGACAAAGAGACUCUCGCAACGUGUGUUAGUAUGAUUGAAAGCGGGGUGAAUCCAGAGGCACUGGCGGCCGUCAUUCAAGAGCUCAGGAGAGAAAGCGUCCAUGUCAAUGCAAAUGGGCAGUAG